AUGCAAGUGACGGUGCAUGGACCAAAGAAACGUUUGAGAGAGAAUUCUAAUGAACUGCUCACUCUGGAUAGAGGAGUGGACAACACUGCGAGUACUCCUAAAAAACUGUCCCACUCUAUUGAGGAGAUCCUGAAGAAGCCAUCCAGAAAGGAACUUUUCAACACAGGGUGCUGCCACAGCAUGUGCACAUCGUCAGUGACUGGAGAGGUGACCACAACACAGAGGUCACAAGACUACACUCUGGAGAGUGCAAUAUUGACCGCAUCUCCCAAGACCACAUAUUGUUCAGGACAGAGCAGGGAGAGAGGAGGGCCAGGACGAAGGCAGAAUCCAGUGGGAGAGGAACAGCUGCCAAGCUCAUCAUGUGCAGAGGAGGAGAAGAAAGACCUGGACAAUCUUCACUCCAGGUCAGGUGGAAAAGGAAGAUCCGGACCAUCUUCACUCCAGGUCAGGUGGAGAAGGAAGAUCCGGACCAUCUUCACUCCAGGUCAGGUGGAGAAGGAAAAUCCGGACCAGCUUCACUCCAGGUCAGGAGGAGAAGGAAGAUCCGGACCAGCUUCACUCCAGGUCAGGAGGAGAAGGAAGACCCGGACCAGCUUCACUCCAGGUCAGGAGGAGAAGGAAGAUCCGGACCAGCUUCACUCCAGGUCAGGUGGAGAAGGAAGAUCCGGACCAGCUUCACUCCAGGUCAGGAGGAGAAGGAAGACCCGGACCAGCUUCACUCCAGGUCAGGAGGAGAAGGAAGAUCCGGACCAGCUUCACUCCAGGUCAGGUGGAGAAGGAAGAUCCGGACCAGCUUCACUCCAGGUCAGGAGGAGAAGGAAGACCCGGACCAGCUUCACUCCAGGUCAGGUGGAGGAGCUGGAGAAGGUGUUCUUGGAGACCCACUAUCCUGAUGUCCACAUCCGGGACACACUUGCCUCUCAUCUGAAGCUCACCGAGGGAAGAGUGCAGAUUUGGUUCCAGAACCGCAGAGCCAAAUGGAGAUAGACUGAGAUGCUAAGGGACGUGGAAAUGAUGGCCAGAGACCAGACCCCUAUAUGUACAUCCUAACCUGGGCUUCUUUAUAGUGAGUUUCCGUUGAAUGCUUGCUCACUACCGUACGGGCCAUACCAACUACUACAAAAGCUUUACCGAGGGGUAUUGCCGUUCCAACCUUUUCUACCUAUGUUGCCACACCUGCAUCACCAAGCUCUAUGCUCCCCCUGGACCCAACAUUAAUUCCCAAUCCCAAGAGUCACGUUCAGUUGACACAAUGAACACUAAAGAAAUGUAUCUUCAAAAGCUUUGUAAAUAGGAUGUAUCUGUAUGUUGUCAUCUGUGUCCGUAUAGAGGGAAUCAUGGUGCUGCUAUCUCAGAAGCUGUUGAAACUGAUGAAUGAAUUGAUAAUGGAGUAUUAUCUCUCACAGAUAAAGCAAUAUGGCUGAGUAAAGUGAAUAACAUUUUGGUGUUUUUUUAUCAACUCACUCUCCACUCAUCCAGAUAUGUUGACUGGAAUUGUAUAAUGAUAUUGUAAAUACAUGAAUACACAUACAUAAAUAAAUACUGUAAUACAUCUCAUUUCUAAUGAUUA